AUAAUUCUCUCUCUUCGACAGAUAGUAGUAACUCGAACCAUCGGUUACAAAAAAAUAAAAUCAAUACAGACUUAUUACAAUAAUAUAAUAUAUGUAUUGAUAAACUCUGUAUACUGCUGCACUUUGUAGUCAAUAACGUUACAUCAUCAAGUAUCGCAUCGAUUUCCCUUGGGUACUCGGUUGUAUCUGCUUCGUUACGUGUUGGUUAGGCUUCCCUCGUCGUGUUGUGUAUAUGUGUGUGUGCGCAAGUACUUUUGUUUUACAAGAUAAAAAUUAAAUCACUAAAUUGUUUUUUUGUUUUGGCGAAUUGUGUACACGAGCAUGACCGUUGCGUAGUAAAAUAGAUAUUUGACAAAAGAAAAUAAUAUUGGUUAGCUACUAUGCCGCUCUUCUACAGUGUUGUGGCCAGAGGAAUGGUCGUACUGGCGAAGCACGCAAACUAUCAAGGUAAUUUUGGAGAAAUACUGGAAGGCGUCCUUAUUCAAAUUGGUCCAGAAAACAAAAAGCAAAGUCUUUUGCAUGAUCGCUACUUAUACCAUUAUAUUUGUGAAGAUCAAAUCAUAUACAUGUGUAUAACAGACGAUGAAUUUCAACGAUCAAAAGCUUUUUUCUUUUUAAAUGAAAUAAAACGACGGUUUCAAGCCACUUAUGGUCGUCGAGCUUACACUGCUAUCGCUUAUUCCAUGAAUUCUGAAUUUGCACCAGUGCUUGCUUCUGAAAUGAAAAGAUUUUCUAGUCCCAGUGAAUAUGAUGCUCUGUCGAAAGUUCAUGGUGAACUUGAUGAAUUGAAAGAUAUUAUGGUUCGAAAUAUUGACAGUGUAGCUCUACGGGGAGAGAAACUGGAGCUUUUAGUCAAUAAAACCGAAAACUUAUGUUCGCAAUCAAUGAAUUUUCGAGUUCAGAGUCGAACGCUCCAACGUUCUUUAUUUUGGAAAAAUGUUAAAAUAUAUGUCCUAUUUGUCUUAAUUGGACUUGGUUUUCUCUACUUCAUUGCCGUUUUCUACUGUGGAUCGCUUACACUUAAUUGUAGUUAAUUAUUAAAUUUUAAUUGUCUGUUUGUCUUUGAACUGUUGGUAUCACCCAAAAAUAUCUAAAUAAUUUUUUACAAAUUAUGUAACCAUGUACUUCCUUAUAAAAACAAUACAUAAUAAGUAUAUUUAUAAAUACAUUUUAGUGUAAGAUAUAAUUUA